AUGACGAUCUCCUACGAUGAGGAGUUCUCCGGCCUUAUGCUCCGGUGGCGCGGAUCGCUCUGGAAGGCCGUGCUAAAGGACAUGAUCGCCUUCUACAUUGCCUACUACAUCAUUCUCACCUUCCAGUACUACUUCCUGGAUGAGAAGGGCAAAGAGUACUUUACCGGCUGGAUCAACUGGUGCGAGAUUGGGUCUCAAUAUAUUCCGCUGUCAUUCCUCCUCGGUUUCUUCGUGUCGGUUAUCGUUGCCAGAUGGUGGGAGCAAUUCAAUUGGAUCUCAUGGCCCGACAAAAUGAUGAUGAUGGUUGCUGCCUGUUUGCCUGGCCGCGAAAAUCUUGCCGUGCGCGAGGCCAUCGCCCGCUGGAGCAGCCUGCAGGCUGCCAUUGCAUGGUCUGGGAUUUCGGUGCGCACGCUGAAGCGUUUCCCCACCGAGCGUCACUACGUCGAUGCGAAUCUGAUGACCGAGCAGGAGUACGACCUCUUUAUGAAUCUCGAGGCGCCCCAUGGAAAGUGGUACGAGUUAUUU